UCGCCGUUGGACGGUUUUAAUCUCGCGAGUUGUUUUUGACCGAAUUCUAACGAAAAAUGGACCAAGUCGUGAAAGUUAUCAGUGCCAAAUAUCCCUGCCGCAAGGCUCUCAUCCAAAAGCUGUACCAACUGUUCGGCGACGGCGACCCGUUCCCCCCGGCGGUCUACCUCUACGGCCACACCUCCACCGGCAAGAGCAGCAUCCUGCAGGCGUUCCUACCCCUGCUAGAUUCCUCCACCACCCCCACCAGCUGGGCCAUCCUGAGCGCGAUCGAGUGCUACACCAACAAAAUCCUGUUCGAAACCAUCCUGAACCGGCUGACCGGUCACGUCCCGUGCGCGGCCAACGGGUACGCCUCGCUGGCCAGCGUCGACUCCAUGAAGGACUUUGUGGCCCAGCUGGCGCGACUGUCGCCCUCACGGAACUACAUCGUAGUGUUGGAGAACGCCGAACGGGUGCGCGACAUGGACCACAACGUGCUGCCAAUGUUGCUGCGACUGCCGGAGGUGACCGGGCUGAACGUGUGCGUGCUGCUCGUGUCGGAUUUGCCGUUUGAAAAGUACUUUGUCAGGACGGGGCUCGCGCCGGUGGUGAAGCUGUUUGUGGCCGAGUACAGCAAGAAGGACAUUCUGGUGAUUCUGAUGAACGAUUUCGAGGCGGUGCGGGAGCAGUUAAGGAUUGAGUUGGAGUCUUACAAGCAUGCCAACUUGUCGGAGGAGGAAAUAGAUAAGCGUUUGAAGAUUGUGGAGAUGCUGACGCCCGAGUUCUACGAAAACUACCUCAACAUCUUCCUGAACGUGUUCUUCAAGGUGUGUCGCGACUUGAAGGAGCUGCAGCUGGUUGCGCUCGAGUGCUUCCACAAGUACUGCGAACCGGUGCUGGACGGGACGAUUGCCGCGGACGACGUGACCCGGCUUUGGCGGAAUAUUUCGAAAACCAUGAAACUUGCCCUCGGGACAAUCUACAUGCGCAUGGGGAACGUCAACCAGGAGUUGCUGCGUCCCAUCACCGUCGACGGCCAGACGUCUUCGGAAUCCGUCGAGCAGAUGCAAACGAUGAAGCGGCUGGCGCAAAACCUGGAACUGCCCUUCUACGCCAAGUUCCUGCUGAUUGCGGCGUACCUCGCGAGUCACAACGCCGCCAAGGAGGACAAACGACUGUUUAUGAAAUAUCACGGCAAGCAGAAGAAGCGCCUCCAGUCGGUCAACGCAAAGGCCAAGGUGUCGGAGAAGAUGGCCACCCAGCUGGGACCGAAGGCGUUCACCAUCGACCGGCUGUUGGCCAUCUUUUACGCCAUUCUGGACGAGAAGGUCGGCCUGACGUGCAACUUGCUGGCGCAAAUCUCAACGCUGAUUCAUCUCAAGUUUCUGAACUUUGCCUCCGGCGAGGGAACCAUCAUGGACGGCAGCGCGCGGCUCCAGUGCACCGUAGGAAUGGACUUUAUCGUGCACAUCGGCAAGAUGGUCGGCUUCAACGUGAGACAGUACCUGUGCGAUUUCUUCUAAGCUUGCGUGCGUGUGUUUGUAUUUAUUAAACUCAACUUGUUACUAUUUUCAAUAAAUAUUGCGGUAAAUCCGA